AUGAGUGCGGUUCUCAUCGCUCUCGCAACUUUCUUAGCAGUUGUGGCCUUUCCUGCGAUUUAUAGACUAUUUCGACAUCUAUAUUAUGCUCGAAAUUUACAAGGGCCAGCCUUAAUUCCAAUAAUUGGCAAUAGCCAUCAUUUUGCUUUGAAUGGAACUGAAGGUUGGGUGAAAUUUUUAAUAAGAGAAAGCGAUAAAGUACGGAACAAUGGAGAAGGAUUCAUGCGAUUCUGGAACAUGAGGCAUUUGUUUGUUUUUCCUGUGGACGGGGCUUCCUCCAAAGAUAUACUUGAUUCAUUGGAAGAAAUCACUAAGGGAGACAGUUAUGAUUUUAUGGAAGAAUGGUUAGGUACUGGGCUUCUGAUCAGUACAAAUGAAAAGUGGAAGACUCGCAGACGCAUGUUAACACCUACUUUUCAUUUCACUAUGUUGGACAGUUACAUGAAAACAUUUGGAAUAGAAACAGAUAUUUUAAUCGAUUGUCUUGACCAAGUAGCCGAUACACAUGAAGAGAUUGAUCUCUUCCCCUAUAUUAAACGAUGUGCUUUGGAUAUCAUUUGCGGUACUGCCAUGGGCAAAACAUAUGAAGCUCAAAAAAAUGUCAACCAUCCAUAUGUCUUGGCUGUUACGGAAAUCACAACCAUGGCCAUGGUGUACGUUUUGUCUCCGUGGUUGUGGAUUGCUCCCGUAUGGCAUGCUUUAGGAUAUGCCAAAAAGAAGAAUGAUCUUCUCCACACUCUAAAAUCAUUCACAUUACAAGUUAUCAAAGAGCGACAAGAAGAAAUAGAGGAGUUUGGUUUCGAACAUCGUGAAGGAAAGAAAGCCUUCUUAGAUAUGUUGUUAGAGAUGAAAGGACAAAACCAACUGUCUGAUGAAGAUAUCCGUGAAGAAGUUGAUACAUUCAUGUUCGAAGGGCACGACACAACAUCUAGUGGUAUAGCGUUCGUUCUAUGGACAUUAGCACACCAUCAAGAUAUUCAACAGAAAGUCUAUGAAGAAAUACUAGAAGUUAUGGGGCCACAUGGAGAGAUAACAGUACAAAACAUCAAACAAUUGUCCUACUUGGAGAGGGUAAUCAAAGAGUCACUGAGAAUGUUCCCACCUGUUCCAAUUGUUCAGCGUAAAUUAAUGAAAGAUUUCAAAACAGGGAAAUACUUCUUCCCUCAAGGUGUUCAACUAGUACUGUCUCCCUUGAUUCUUCAUUACAACGAAAAAGCAUUCCCUGAUCCUUAUAAGUUUGAUCCUGACAGAUUCCUGCCAGAAAAUCUGGAGAAACGAAAUGCUUACGAUUACAUCCCAUUUUCUGCUGGUCCCAGAAAUUGCAUUGGACAGAAAUUUGCGAUGAUGGAAGAGAAAACAGUAGUAGCCUCCGUAAUCAGGAAUUUCAAGCUUACUGCAACAUUACCAUUCUUAGAUAAUAUUCCUUGCACGGAGGUAGUAUUGAAACCCAUCCAUGGAGUUCCAGUGAAAUUACAAAAACGCAUGUAG